GGAGAAUCGAAGUGGGAUUUUUUCGAAAGAUAAAAAUUAGUAAUAGCGCAUGCGUAGUCCUCUCGUGUUGGCGUUGGCGAACAACUGUUAAAAAAAAUUGGUUCAGAAAGGCGAAUUCAGAAGUUUGUUGACGCGGGACUAUGCUUUGUUAAAAGUUUUGUCUCGUUUCCUAGUGCAAAAAAAAAAAAUAAUAACAUAAUUUAAUAACACAAGGAAAUUCAUCUAUUUAAUCGUAAAAAUAACAACGUGUGUGUGUAUAUCGUAUAAUAUUUGUGUUUAAAUAUAAAAAGUGUUUGUAUUGUAGAAGGUGGUGUGUGCAAACGACGGGAUGUUUUAAUUGUCGCCCAGUUCUGCCAUUUCUCUUCCCCCAUUUUUUGAGUAAUUUUCCCACCAAAAAAAACAUGGCCGACGCCGAAGUGGAACUCGAAAUUUGCACUAUUCAACUAUUGUGUUAAAAAAUUAAUGUGUAUUUUAAUAGUUUGAAAAUAAAUUAUAACAAUUUAUACAUAAAGUCUAAACUAACCUCAAUUUGUGAGCGGUGGUUUAAAACAAAAAUUACAAAGUCAAUUUAUUUCGGAUUUAAUGUGAAAUCCAAAUUUUUGACAAUGUGUCGACAACAAAGGACAUUUUUAAAAUACAACUUUAUUCUUUUGGAAAUAAUAAAUCAUCAGUGAAAAAGCGUCGUUUUUGUGAUUUGUAUAAUUUUUUGUCAACACUAUAAGAUUUCUGCACCCUUCUCUAUUUUGCCCUGCAGUUAAACCUUGAAAGAUGUCUUAUAAAUCUGUGCCAAACAUUUUAAGUCGAAACAGCAAUAUUUCUUGUUCCAAAAUUGGCAACAACUCCGCCCUUUCUGAAGUUUUGAAAUCGGAUGCAGUAAAGCGUCUUUUCAAUCAACCGAACAUUAUUAUAAAAACAAUUCCUCUUGAUGAUCCAUCAGAUAUAAAUUUAACAAACACCAAUGGCUUUUCUGACAAGAGAAAUGGAAUAUACAAUGAUUUGCACAAUCCAUUUGAGCCUGACAUAUCAAUUCACGCAGUCAAAACCACAAAUACAGAGAAAAUUAUUGACGACUCAACUCUUUUGCCAUCGAAAAAUGAGGGAAAAUCGGAAAUUGCACUUGUGCCAAUAAAACGUAAAACAAAAAAUUGCAAUCAUCUUGAGCCAUGUGAAAAUAUAAUUUGCGAUGUAAACAUACAACAAUAUGUUGAUCAAGAUGGAGUUGAGCCAUUGCUUGCAAUUAAUAUUGACGACGAUGAAAUAAAUGCACCAGUUGCAAAACAUUGUAAAAAUGAAAAAUGCGAUUCAUUAAGUAUCGAGCACGAUCGUUGUCGACGUGUAUUAAUUAAACUUCAUCGUGUUGAUGAUAGACGUGGUUGCUGUGAUAUUUGUGGUCUUAGAUUAAAAUACAAUAAAUCGCGAAUUCAUCAUCGGAAUUGUAAAAGAAAAAAUGCUUAUCGACACAAUGAAAAUGAUGGCGCACAAGUUUUACGUGAAAAAUUACGCGAACGUGAAAUUCAAUUACUCGAAGCAGCUAAAUUAAAAAAAAAUGAUUACAUGGAUCCAGUUAAUGGUUACAGUAAAGCAUUGGAGGCAUUACAAAAUAAUGAGGAAUUAAUUGUCAUUCCAAAAACAACAGCACCACAACAAACGCCAAUUAUUACAAUCACCACUGUACCAAGUAAUUCGGGUAAUCAACAACAAUAUCCAAAUAUUAAAGAUGUAUUUAGAAGUAUUUUACCUAAACUUCCAAUAAUGUUGUCUCAAUCAAAUGUUAUUAUUGGAAAGCAAAUUGGAGCUGAGGGUCGAUCAUCACCACCACCAUUAAAACCAAUUCGACCACAAAUUGAAAAUACAAAUAAUACAACAACUGGUACAUUAUCUCAAAUGUUACAAAAUCCUUUUAUUAAAGUCACUGGAAUUCCUCAAGGUAGUUUUGUUCAACCAAUGUCAAUCAACGAUUGGCUAAUGUCACAGCAAAUUGUCACAACCCCCAUACAACCGAAACCAUUUCUUACUCCAAUUCGAGUUGUGCCAAUUGCUAAUCUCAAAACACAACCAUCACUUCUACAUCAAACACAAGGUAUCCCUAGGUUCUGUAUAAUGGCCGAUACUGGUAUUCGAGCUCCAACUCCGGCUCAAACACAGCAGCAGCAGCAGCAACAACGACAACAACCGCAGCAACAAGAACAACAAAAACAAGAGCAAAAACCACCGCAGCCAAAUAUUAUCAAAUUUCGAGUAUUACAACCGGCUACUCCGACUGAUGUAAAAAUUAUCCCCAAUUCAAUUCAAGAAACAAGAGCGGCAAAGAGUAGAAUUUGGAAAAAAAAUGCUCGAUUACGAAAAAAGAGAGCCGGUAGAAUGUUUAAUUGUACAUAUUGUCCAAAACGUUUUUCAACCGAUUGGUAUUUUAAAAUGCACGUUGCACGACAUCGUGGCGAAAUGUUAUUCUCAUGUAAACUUUGUGAAGAGCCAUUUAGCAAUAAAUAUGAUAUUAAAAAACAUGUCUCAAAAGAACAUAAAGAAGGUGAAGUACGCUGUGAGGUUUGCGGUAAUAUUUGUUCAUCAGAAACUGAAUUACAAGAACAUAUGAAAUUAACAACACGUUUAAUGUGCGAGGAAUGUAAACAAAUGUACAAGACAUGUAAUGCAUUUUAUGAACAUCAAAAGAAACAUGGCUCAGUUGUUUGUGUUCAAUGUCGUAUUCAAGUGCCAAAAUUAAGGUACAAAAAACAUUUAUUGGUACAACAUGGAAUGUCAAAAACAAAAAUUGACAAUGAAUGCACAAAAAUGAAAUGUCCAAUUGAUUGUGAUUUUGCAAAUGAAACCGGUGAAAAAAUAAUAAUCAACAAUAGUAAUGGAAUUAAGCAAGAAAUUAAUUUUGAUGAGACUGAUUCAAUUAGCGAUCAAAUUUCAAUUCAAGAUGAAAUGACAUUUAUUAAGGAGGAGAGUAAUGGAAUUGAUUCGGAGGAUGAUAAUGACAGUGAUGAUGAGGGGGCAUUGGAAAUUAAUGAAGACGGCGAUGAAACUGAAAUUGAUGAAGAGGAUAUUAAAUUAGAAUUGCCAAGAGGCUCCUAUGAAUGUCCUAGCUGUGGUGAAGAUUUUGAAACUGAGGAUGAACUCUCGGAACAUAAUAAUAUUUGUCUAAGAGCCGCGCUCAAGCUUUCGUAUUCAAAUAGAGUAUCAGAAAAUGGAAAAAGGGAGGAUAAAGAAUCAUCAAAAUCAACAACUUUUGAAUGUGGUGAGGCAACGUAGAUACGAACAAAAAAUUCUUAUUAGAAAGUGGGCCUAAACAUUCUCAAGAAUUAGAAUAUAUUCGAAAAGAUUUUUGAGUAUUUCAAUGUGUCACAACAGCACUAAAAUGGUUUGUGUUAAAAUAAUACUAAAACAUUUUUAUAUAUCACCAAAAAAAAAAAAAAAAAAAAAAAAACGAAUCUGUAAAAGUUUCAAGUUUUAUACAAAUUUUAAUUUUGUUUUUGUAUAUAUUUUUUUACGAUUACUUUACAAUUUUAGAUUAUUCUAACUUGAACUUUUACAAAAUGCAAGCUUAAAAUUGUACAAAAUUGCAAAUUUGUAUUCUUAGUUUCUUAUGAAUAUUUUUGUUUUACGAAUUUUAAUUUUUAUUUCUCAAAAAUUACAAUUUUUUAUUUUUAAUAGCUUUUUUUUAUGAAAAUAAUGAAAAAAAAUGUUUUUUCUUUUUAUAAUAGAGAUUUUAAUUUUUGCUUUAAUACGAAAAAUUGAUUAUCAUUUUAGAAAUAUAUUUAGAAAUAUAUUUUAGUUUUAACUGAAAUUGUUAAAAAAAAAAAGAAACCGAAAUGUAUUUUAUGUUUUCAAUUAAUGCUCAUUAAAUUUUAUUCUAGUUUCUGAAUAUUUAGAGAGAAAGAAAGAAAUAUUUUUUGUUUAAAACUUAUCAUGGGACGCAAACUUUUCAAAACGUAUACGAGUUUAUUUGUCAAUGUAAUUUAGAAGAAUUUUUAUUGUAAAUAAUUUUUAUCUCAGUGAAUCGCCCGGUAGAAUUUGAUACAAUUUUUUUUUGUCAUUUUUUUCCAAACAAACGUUUUGUGUAAACGUUAAAAUUUUUUUAAAAACGUUUUUAUUUUUUUUUUGUAAUAGUUAAAUUUAUAAGUUUAGACAGUAUUGUUGAUAAAAGAUUGACGAAAUUUUACUUACAAAGAAACGAAAAGAACAACAAAAAUUUGUAGAUAUUUUUCGGCAUCAUUUAGAAUAUUUUUUUCAGGAAAUUUUUGUCGAUUAUAUAAUAUAUUAUAUGUUUUCUAAAGAACAAUUAAAAAUAGAAAAAGAAACGAAUAUUUUAUGUACAGAUAUUGUAGAUGUUAAGAGUAUAAAUGAAAAAUGAAUGUGUGGAAAUGUUACAGAAAAGACUUCGAAUUGAAAAAAAAAAAAAAAAAAAUUAGUUUUCCAUAUAGAUUUUUAAUUAUUUAUUAAUUUUGCGAUAUUCUUUUCUUUUUUUUGUAAAAAUUUAAUCUUAGUUUUAUUUUUUAGUCAAAAACGCGUUGUGUAAUAUUAUGAUUAAUCUUAAUAAAGCAAUAUAGUUUUUGC